AUGACGCUCACCUAUCCUGCGCAGCUAUAAAACUUUCAUUUGCGUCCUGCUUUGAGAAACGAUGGGUGUCAAACGAUCACGUUCCGACUCUGACUGUGAAUCUCCUCCCAAGAAAAGGAGAGAGAGUACGGAAGGCGAUUUGCGGUUUAAAGGGCCUCGCAAAGAACAUUUGGAGGACCUGUACCACCAGGGGGAGCUACUGGGAGAGGGUGGUUUUGGAGCCGUGUAUGCCGGCACUCGCAAGGCCGAUGGCUUCCCAGUGGCUAUCAAAUAUGCCCGAAAGGAUGACAAGGAGCUAGAACUGCCUGGACUUGACGGGCCCAUCCCAUUGGAAGUGGCGCUAAUGAUGCUCGUCAGCCAUGAGUCAUCUUGUGCCAACGUGCUGAAGCUCAUGGACUGGUUCAAUGGACCAGAAGAGUACAUUAUGAUCCUGGAAAGGCCGGAUCCAUGCCAGGAUCUGUACGAAUUCUGCGAUAGCAAAGGGGGCUACCUCUCAGAAGAUGUUGCAAGGCACGUGCUGGUCCAGGUGCUCCAGGCUUUGCGUCACUGCCAGGACUCAGGCGUCUUCCAUCGCGACCUCAAAACAGAUAAUCUGUUAAUCAGGACGGACACUUUGGAGGUUAAACUAAUUGAUUUUGGAUGUGGAGACAAAUGGAAGGACACCCCCUAUGUGGAAUAUUCAGGGACAGAGGACUUUGCUCCCCCAGAGCUGUUCCUGAGUGGGGAGUAUCUAGCUGGCCCCACCACGGUCUGGUCUGUAGGUGUCACACUUUACGAGCUAGUGUGCGGUUACUUGCCCUUCCGCAACAAGAGGGCAAUCAUCUCAGGCUACCUGAUAUUCCCCUCAUGGGUCUCUCCUGACUGCUGCAGUCUGAUUCGCCAGUGCCUGAGGCGUAAGGUGGCGGAUAGGCUGACGUUGGAGCAGAUUCAGGUCCAUCCAUGGCUGCUGCAGACGAAAGUACUCAGAGCCUGUGCUGACCAGCUCUCACAGGUCUUCACCAUCAUCUUCAAUCUAUCUCUGACACAUGCCACCAUCUCAGCCUGUCUGAAGUCCGCCACCAUCAUCCCGUUUGCCUGCAGAACGAACAGGUCAACUGAGGAUGCCAUAGCGAUCGCCCUUCACAUCGUACUGAGCCACCUAGACCAUCGGGAGAGCUACAGAAUGCUCUUCAUCGACCUCAGCUCUACCUUUAAUACCAUCAUCCCCGACAUCCUGAUCCCCAAAUUGCACAACCUGGGACUCCCCCCACUCACCUGCUCCUGGAUCAAGGACUUCCUCACAAGUCGGCCCCAGAUAGUAAGACUCGGACCCCAUCUCUCCUCCACCCGGGCACUGAGUACAGGCUCCCCACAAGGCUGUGUGCUAAGCCCACUACUCUACACCCUGUACACCUCUGACUGCAGAACGGCCCACUUCCCGGAUCCACUUCCCCUCCACAUCAAGGGCGACUGCGUGGAGAGGGUCCAGACCUUUACCUUCCUGGGCACCACAAUCUCUUCUGACCUCUCCUGGACUGAAAACAUCACAGUUGCCAUCAAGAAAGCCCAGCAGCAUCUGCAUUUCCUGAGAGUGCUCAGGAAGAACAACAUCAGUGAGAAGCUGCUGGUGACCUUCUACUGCUCCACCAUUGAGAGCAUUCUAACAUACUGUAUCACAGUAUGA